GCACCAAGCACAUCAUGCUUUUGGUGGGAAUAUGAGUUCGCCUCCACGUACAUUUAUCUUAAAAUUAAAAGCAUUAAUAUAUGUUUUCUGAUGUUUAAUGUAAUGCCAAAGUAGGCGGCUAUGUGUCAAGUAUAUAGCAAUUUCAAAGGUUUGUGCGUGACAGCACUUGAGGUGUGUUAAAAUCACCAGGCUAAUCAGGAAAAGUUCCUUCUGCCUAUUGUUUGCUAGCAUGCUAUCACGUUAGCUUACGGUAUAUCUGACUAGCAACAAAGUGAAUUUGCAUCCACUGAAAGGACAGUUUAUGUGAUUUGUGUUUUGUUAACUGGUUGCGAUAGCGCUUAGUGGCAAGGCAAGCGUCCGGCUUGUUUUAUCUUCCUUCACACUGGCUAAUUAAUCAAUCUGUUGCCUGUGGGGAAUCAACAACAACAUGCCAGAAAUCCAACUCAAACACGUCGUGUCUUGCACCACCGAGGACCCUACUCACAAGGCAGACAACCUGCUGAGCUCUGACACCUACAGAAAGUGGAAAGCAGCAAGACCCGGGGAGAAACAGACAUCAGUCAUUCUGCAGUUCGAGAAGGAGGAGCAGGUGCACAGCAUUGAUAUUGGAAAUGAAGGAUCAGCUUUCAUCGAGGUGCUGGUGGGGAAUUCUUCAGCUGUCAGAGACCAGGACUAUGAGGUUCUUUUGGUUACGUCUUCCUUCAUGUCCCCAACGGAGAGCCGUAACGGCACCAACUUGAACCGGGUGCGUUUCUUUGGGCCCAACCAGCUGCAGAAGAGCACAGCACAGGAGAAGUGGGACCGAGUGAAAAUUGUGUGUAGCCAGCCAUACAGCAAGAACAUAGCGUACGGAGUGGCCUUUGUUAAGUUUCAUUCACCACCUGACAAAAAUGAUCCUCCUCCAACAACAUCCCCGAAACUGACAAAGCUGGGACAGUUCAAGGUGAAGGAGGAGCCUCUUUCACCUGCUGCCAGCCUUCAGCCUGGCAGUCUUUUCUUCAGUCGGGACAAUGCAACAAAGUCCAGUACUUCACUCAAAGUGUCUCCUCAGAAUGAGAGGUUGAGUUACGCUGCAGCUGCCCUGCAGGCUGGUGGCAGCUCCCAUUCAUCAGGCCAAGCUUCCUCCUCCAGCUCUGCCUCACCACAGCCACCAGCAAAAAGGAAAUUUGAGUUCAGCAAAGCGCGGCAAUCUUCCCCCGGCCCUCCACCCUCGAAGAAAAUAAGCCCAGCUGGCUCACCUGAGGGCAAAGCUGUGACCCCCAAACACAAGCCGAGCCCAGCCAGCACGCCAAGCCCCAGCACCGCGAAAGCUGCCCCGGGACAGAAGUCUGCUGACAGGAAGCGGGAGAGCCAAUCCGAACCCAAACCCAAACCCAAACAACCGAAACCUAGCGUGCAGCAGGUCCCAUUCAAACGGAUGAUGGAGGGGGUCGUGUUUGUCCUCAGUGGCUUCCAAAACCCCUUCAGAGGGGAGCUGAGGGAAAAGGCUCUGGACAUGGGAGCCAAAUACCGGCCCGACUGGACACCCGACUCCACACACCUCAUCUGUGCCUUCGCUAACACCCCCAAGUACAGCCAGGUGAAAUCAGCAGGGGGCAUCAUCGUACGGAGAGAAUGGAUAAUGGACUGCCAUAAGAGGAAACAGAUGAUCUCCUAUAAACGGUAUUUGAUGGAUGGAGCAGAGUCGAGCUCGGAGAGCGAAAUGGAAGGGGACGACCAGAGUGAAGAGGAAAUCAACACAAAGACUCCACCGAAGCAGGAGAGACAAGUGACCCCCAAAAAGACGCCCGAGAAGAAGACUGAAGAUGAUGAGUAUGCCGGCUCCACUGAUGUGGAUGAACCAGGAGACGGUGAUGAUGAGUCUGCAGUGGACACGGAGGACGAGCUGCAGAGGGUGGAGAACGAGAGCAGACAGAAGAAAGCAGCAGCAGGAGGGAAGGUGGUGAAACAGGAGGAUCCAUAUGGGGGGUCGACAGAUGAAAACACAGACGCCGAGGCUGAAGAGGAUCACCCCAUCCCUGAACUACCAGACUUCCUGAAAGGAAAGCAUUUCUUCCUCUACGGUAAAUUCCCUAACAACGAGAGGCGCCUUCUGCUGAGAUACAUCGUUGCCUUUAAUGGACUGAUUGAAGACUACAUGACCGAGAAGGUGCAGUUUGUGGUGACCAGUGAAGGGUGGCACGACUCCUUUGAAGACGCGCUGAUGGAGAACGGCAAUCUGAACUUUGUCAAACCCGCAUGGAUUUAUGCAAUCAAUGAACGACAAAAGAUACUGCCCUACCAACCCUACUCGGUCGUCCCCUGAACUAUAUGAACAUGCAAAGGUGUGCACAGACCCACUACCACCUCAUAUCCUGACCGAUUCUUCUUCUUACCUUUUCAGAUUCACAGCUUCACUUACAUUAAAGCAAUAAACCGAUUGUAUUUCAUUAAUACCUUUACACUGAUUUUAUACUUGCUAUUGGUGAAAUGUUUUCAGUCCUCAGGUGUUUUCAACAGAGAUGUUCUCACCUUUCAGCCAAGAUGGGAAAAAAAUGUUGUUGUUUUUUAAAUGAAGUCUAUUUAGGUCAAUGUUAGGAUAAGGUUUAGUUUAAUAUGAUCUUUUUGUUAGUUCUAGCUUGGCCAGAAAGAAACAUCUUCAUCAUCAGUGUGCUGCUCACUUUAUGAACUAAGUACACACUCAGGUCUGAUUCAGGUCUCGUUUCAAUUUCUUGGUUCCUGUGCUGCAGUUCGCUGCUACUCACCUCGGCUACCCUUAGGCCCUGUCUGGAAAUGAGUUAUCACCCUGUCCUGAGUGCCAGCGGCACUGAUAAGGCUCUGACUUAUGUAAGCAGACAGACCAGUAUGAGACCAGCCCAAAGUCAGGUGAAAAGUGUAAUUUAUUUAAGGCUGGAGCCACCAACUGCAAAAAAUCCGGACAACUAAAUUCUACAAAUCAAAAAUGAAUACUGAAAGACUGUUUGUCUUUCUCCUUUUAUUUUAAGAAAAUGCCCAAGUGGAAAAAGUGAUGGAUUUCUGUGUGUUUAAGUUUAAUAAAUCUGAGUUUGUGGUUUGAUUUUA